CUUUUCGCCUUCUUCAGUGGUGGACUUUAUUUUUUCUCUUAAUUAUCUGCAGUUUUUUCUCUUGUUAUUGUGACCUUUCAUACGGUUUGGUUGAUUUUUGUAAUUACUGAAUUAAGACAAUUAUUCAUGUUUGUUAUUUGUGAAGUACCUGGAGAUUUGAAGGAUUUAUUGAAGCUAAUAAAGUCAGGCAAUACUUUAGAAAAGUAGGGUAUUUGAACGUGCUUGUAGGGCCAUAGAAGGUAUACAACUUGAACACACAGAUACGUCAUACUUGGCAUUGUGUUAACACAAAGGCAUGAAGCAACUUGUUCUAUUGAGCACGUUCACUAAAAUUGAACAUUCCUUGCAAAAAAAACCAUAAAGAAUGUUUGUACCAAAUAUCGUGAAUUAUAAUUGUUUAUUUUGUUUCCCUAGUGCCACUUUUUUAAAGCUAGAAUUUAUCCUAGCUCUGCUCCCACCACACAAUUUGUUUUUUUUUUCCUGUUCUAGUUAUGUUCCCUUCCGCCUUGCUUCCAUACAGUCCACUGUUAAUUAGCCUCCAAGAGUUAUUUUCCUUCAGUUUGUCUUAUUUUCAAGGUUUUUUUUUUUCAUUUUGAUAAUUAUCGUGUUCAAAAUAAUGCGAGUGCCUCCUCCCGCAUACGUAAUGUGACACAUCAUCCAGGGUUCGGACAGAGCCCCGAAGUGGUUAAAACAAAAUAAAAUAGCACGGAGGAUGUAAGAAAUGUCAAGGCAGAGAAAGCAGAAGCUUGCUAGCCGAAGUGUCGGACCAGGGAUGGCACAAGGUCGAGACCCAUUUCUCAAUUUGUUAAAAGAGGGGAAUUCUGCUGAGGUGACUUCCUGUACAACACCAGACUACAGCGAUUUCCUUCAAAGCAUUGUCCAGUCUUCUGGCGAGCAGGUGGAGAGCCCUAGCGACUGGCUUUUUGACAACCCUUCACCUCUUUAUCCUGACGAACUGCUUGAUGUCAACUCACUGUUAGGUCUUGAUGAGACUGCUCUUUCUUUAUUGGAGGAAGAAGGAACGGCGACAGUUGAAAACAAGGAAACUUUCCAAGACCUCAAAUUCACUUCAACUCCAAAGUCAGGAACCACCUUUUGUGGUGAUUCAGGCAUAGGAGAGACAUCGGUUUUUCAUGGGAAAACUCCCAGGGAAGAGUACAAAACUGUCUUACAUGACAUCACAGAUUCACAUAAAUUCAACAUUCAAGGAGCCAAUGAUUCAUUUAUAAGCAUCACAGAUGUCGCAGGAAGGGAAAUUUCUGGCAUUUCCUGCCAAUUCCAGACAACCCCGGUUAAACGUUGUAAACAAGAGGCAUCACCAGUUAUCACCACAUUGAACACAUCAAAAAUAUCGAGAAAUAUUCCUAUAAUAAGGAGAAAAGUCAAUGUUGCCUUUCCGACUCCAUCAUCUUCCUCUCUCAGCAACCGGAAUAAAAAUGACAAAAUUGCCAGAGAGCAGUUGGUGUAUUAUUCUGGCCUUAACGUUUAUGAAAAUGCAGUUGGAAUUGUGAAGUAUAUUCAUCUCCCGACUUCUGAGCUCUCUAAGUAUAAAAUGAUGUUGCUUACGUUUAUGAAGUUGCGGCUUGACCUAGAAUGGAAAGAUCUUGCAUACAGGUUCGAGAUUGAUGUUACAGAGGCACAGAGUAUUUUUGAUAAAACACUAAGUGUAUUAUCAAAAUCUGUUCUUGACCUCCUUCCUUGGCACGUUCAAAGGGUAAACAAUAGGGUAACAGCAAUGAACUUUUAUGCGUUUGUUGCUGAGAAUAGCUCAGGAAAGGUGCUUAUUGUAAUCAGCAAUGAGAAGAUCCCGAUUUUUUUUGUGACACCCUGGUACACGAGCACUCAGCCUCCAUCACUAAUGUUGUAUAUUCAGUGCAGCAAGUACUUCAUUCCCGGUGACAUUAUUUGCAUAUCAGAUCCUUUAGAGUUCUACCAGGUCUCUGAGGAGGGUGGCCAAUUGGUUUUCACACAAAUCGGCAAAAUCACUCAAGGUGACACUUUCAACCAGGACAUACAAUGUGUCAUAUCCAAAUUGUCAAAUUAUGUCCUGACAAAAACAUCAAGGUUUACUGAUGACAUUGAUAUUGCGAAAGUGAUGCUCGUCUGCUGUGCGCUUACCAACUUUAACUUUAUGGAUCAAGUUGACAGCACCAUCUUAAAGAAAAUUUAUCAAAGAUCUGAGCAUUUUUUGCGAUCAUCCAUAUUUUAACUUUUAUUGUGGUUGUGCCAUCUAAUUAGAUUUGUACAACCUCGGUAAGAUUUUUUUUUCGAGUUCGUUAUAUAACUUAUUUAACAUAUAUAUAUUUUAUGUAUUUAUUAUCUUUAAUAUAUUUUGUAAUUUUUUUAAUUCAUAUACUUUUAUAAGUUUGACAAUUUUAAGUAGAAGUUCCUUUAGAAGUAAAAUUAAGGCAAAAUACAUUUAUUUGGAGGAGGUACUUAUUAUAAAAUGCAAUUUUUAAUAAUCCACUCAAUCUUUAAGUAAGUAAUUUAAAUACUUCAAUAAAAAGUGAGCAAUCAUGUCAAUUUCACAAAAUAUUUACAGUAUUUGUACAUCACUCAAUACAUCCCUAAACACUUGGAAUCUCUUAAUUUAUAUUUGUAGAACGGAACAAAAAACAUUUUUAUGUUCGCCUCUGUACUGUUAUGCAAUACAAUUUUUCAUUAAAAAAGUGAAACAUUUUAUUUAAUGAAAAGGUAAACAAUAUUUAAAUAGUUGUAGCUCUCUUGUCUAUUAACUGAAAGUGCAAUUGAAAACAUAUGUGUUAUAUAAAAUUAAUUAUUAAUUAACUCUAUACUUUUUAUUUUUGUAAACUACUUUUAAUAAAACUUGAUUAUAUUUCAGUUGUAUUUUUAUUGAUCAUGACAAAAGAUAUUCAGUUUCUGGUAUCGAGUCCGAAAUUUACCAGUUUAGAUUUAUAUAUUUGGGAACUAUUGAUAUUUGAAUGUAGCCAGGCACAAAAUAUGUAAAGGUAAGCAAACUAAUACAAUGAUCGGAUGGUCAGGGUUGUGGACCCAGCAUACAAUUUUUUUUCUCAAAAACACUGAUAGUGUUUCGAGGGAUGCCUUAUAGUUGAAAUACUCUCAUUACAAAAUAAAUACACUAAUAAUCUCCUUUACAUAGGAAUACUUCUUUUGAAGCAAUGGUCACAUCACUGAGACAUCGAGGCCCUGAUCGAUGCUAAAAUGCAGACAAGGGCAGGCCUCCAUGUUCCACAAAAAAGUUGAAGCAGCAGUGGCAAGAUGACCACAAGGAGGAAAACACCUGUACAGUGAAACGUGGUUGUGGACGAUCUCAUAUGCAAACUAAAUGAAAGCGGAAUCUAAACCCAAGGCUAUGCAAAUGACAGUUAUACAAGACAAGGAAAAAUGGUGCUCACAGUAGAGAUUUAAAGAAAAUCUUUCGAAAACUACACUAAUUCCAUUUACCAGGAAAAGAAACAGAAACAAGGUAUACGGAAGUGUUGCUGGUAAAAAAAAAGGUUAAAUUCCUAGGGAUAAUCUAUAAGAAAUUAACUUGAAACGCUCACCGGCAGCGCAUCAUAACAAUAAUAAAAAUAUUACCAAUGACCACGAGAAGUCUAGGCAAAUCUUAGGGACUGAAAAUAAGAUAAGGCUGUAUGUAUCCUAUGGCUCACCAGUCUGGUGGACCAAAACUCACCAAAAACAAGCUACCCAAACAUUAAGCAGCACACAAAGACUGGCAAACCUAUGUAUUACAGAGGCAAUGAAAAUAAUUCAAUUGCACUAGAAAACUGCUAAACCUACCUCUAUUGGAAAUAUUAUGCAAGGAAAAGCUCAGGUACGCUCCAGAAACAAUCAAAUUGAAUGGAACUUGAUUGGGCAAACAAUAAUUAUUAAAAACUUUUUCUGACUGACUACAUGAUCUCUUUACAACAUUGUAUAAAGUCUCAACAGACUACAAAGGAGAAAAAUUCAGGAGGAAAUUAGAUAUAAUGAUAUGGCAUACAGGAUCCAAAACAAACGAAGGAACCGGAUCAGGCGUUUUGUAUACAUGUCCAAAAUAUGAGCAAAUUCAUUAGGUUCAUUUCAAGCUGAAAUACAUGCCAUCAAAGCUUAGCCUUAGAAAAAAUUAAAAGAGUUACACUGCCAAAAAAUCCUCAUAAUGUUGGAUAGCCAAGAACCUAUUAAAUCACUACCAUGUAAAAAAAAAUAUCAAGAUUAGUCAGUGAAUGGAUCCAGAACGUCCAAAACCUGUGUAAGCACAACAACCUCGGGUACCAAGACACAAAGGAAUUUUGAGUAACGAAAAAAGCAAACAUACUGCCCAGAGUUCUGCAAGGCCAUAUAUACGUCCUGAACCGAUCCUUGGGAUAACAAAAACAAACAGGGUUCACAGAAUGGAUUACAAAAAAUAAGUGGAUAAACUACUAUUCAAGCCAUGCUAGACAUAGUAAGCCUACUUUGUAAACAACCCUCAACAAGACUGACAAACUCACUGGCAUUUGAGAAAACAUCUACACAUGUGCAUAGUCGAAUGUGAAGCAACCAGUCAAUGGAGACCUAACCAGAGUUACAAAGAAAACGCAGUAAAGGAAUUGUAGCAAAGACAAUAUAGACAUACUCCUUAGGUGAAUGAUAGAGUCAAAUGACCUGAAAUAAGGAAGCAAAAUAAGCCAAAAGGGGCGCUUGAGGAAGAAAAAACCCUCGGCUUC